AUGACUCUCAAGACUCUGGGAGCCAAGAAAGCGGCCGAGCUCGAUCAAGAGCUGAUGAGUGAAGACGGCGGCUUCAGCAUCGAUCAAUUGAUGGAACUGGCUGGGCUGAGCGUUGCACAAGCAGUCUACAAAGUGCACCCACCACCCACGAAUUCACAAUCCAAACCGAAAAUCCUCAUCGCCGCCGGGCCUGGCAACAACGGUGGGGAUGGACUGGUCGCAGCCCGACACCUGCACCACUUCGGGUACACACCAGUAGUAUACUACCCGAAACCAACCAACCAGCCCAUCUUCACUGGCCUGCAAAAGCAACUCCACAAACUCUCCAUCCCGUUCCUGACGACCCCCGAGUCCUUCACCUCGGAACUCCAGUCCGCCGACCUGGUCGUCGACGCCCUGUUCGGCUUCAGUUUCAAGCCGCCCGUGCGCGCCCCCUUCGACUCCGUGCUCGCGGACAUCAUCCAGGCCAAGAAGCCCGUGCUGGCCGUCGAUAUACCGUCUAGCUGGGAUGUGGAGGGUGGACCGCCGGGGGAGGGGCUCGUGGGCCAUGAGUUCAUGCCAGAGUUUCUCAUUAGUUUGACGGCCGCGAAGCCCAGUGUCAGGUGGUUCAAGGGGGAGAGGCAUUUUAUUGGUGGGAGGUUCUUGAGUAAGGCUAUCGCGGAUAAGUAUGGUCUUGAUGUGCCGGAUUAUCGGGGUGUCGACCAGAUUGCUGAGGUCGAGGUUGGGGUUAAAGUUGAAAAGUUGUGA